AUUUUUAGGUGAAACAGAUUUCAUUAUCCCAGAAUCUUUACAUUUUGGUGUUUGUGUUUUCUGCUGAAUUGAGCAGCUAAAUCUCGCAGGCUGGCGACAAUUCAAGGAGAGAUACGGGUGGGUCCUAGCCACCAGGCUCGCCUGCCUCCUUGCAAACCGCAUACUAGGCCUCACGAAAUGCCAGAAAAGUGUGAAGCACGUGAAGAACUGCGAUGGUCUCCUGGUGUACCUGACUGUGAUCUCAUGAUGUAUCUUCGAGCAGCUAGGAGUAUGGCUGCAUUUGCUGGAAUGUGUGAUGGUGGAUCGGCUGAAGAUGGGUGCGUAGCUGCCUCCCGAGAUGAUACAACUAUCAAUGCUAUGGAUUUGUUACAUGAAAGCUGCUAUGAUACUGGUAGAGCCUUACAAGCACUUGUGAAAAAUCCCAUACCACCAGGUAUUGAAAAAAAGUGGCUUGAUGAGGAACAAAAACGUUUUGUGAAAGGUUUGAGGCAGUAUGGGAAAAAUUUCUUCAAAAUUCGAAAAGAGCUUCUUCCUCAUAAAGAAACUUCUGACUUAGUGGAGUUCUAUUAUCUAUGGAAAAAAUCUCCAGGAGCUUUAACAUCUCGAACACAUAGACGGAACCGUCGUCAAAAUACAUUGCGACGAAUAAAACCUAGUCCAGUCAAGCAAAAUAGGCCUGCUUCUAAUGAUUUUAUGGAUGGUAGUUCUGGUAGUGAUGAAGGUGAGGAUUCGGAAGAUUCUGAUUCUAGAGGAGAUGUUACUGGGUACACUUGUCAGAACUGCUUGACAACCACAUCCAAAGACUGGCUACCAGUUGGUAAAGAUUUAGCAGUUAUGUGCACUGAAUGCCGGCUAUAUUAUAAAAAACAUGGAGAGCUUCGGCCUGUGGAUACAAAAGAUAAUUUGCCAUUUCUUUUUCAACCUGUGAAAGAGGAAGAUUCUGAGAGUGGCAAACAUGUAAUGCGAACUCGAAGAAGUAAAGAACGUCAAAGUCCUAAGACAAUUGGGAAUGAUAUUUCUGCUACUGUCAAAGUUGAAAGAAAAUCUCCCGGUGUUGCUAGCAGUUGUAAUACUAAUAAUGCAGAUAAGAAAAAGAAACAGGCUGUAGAUAAUACACAAAAAGGCAAGAAACGAGUUAAGGAAGAAAAAACUAGUCCUGAUGAGAGUGAAGAAGCCAAGCCUGAAAAAAAGAAAAUUCGUUCAGAUAGUCCUUCUGAAUCUGUGUGUACAGAGAGUAGUGUGUCAAAUGAAGAAGUCCCAGUUGAUAAUGAAACCCCUAGUUCACCGAGUCCUGGAGGUAGUCCUGUUGCAAGUCCUGUUCCCGUACUGCCUGAGCUUCCUGCUCCUCCUGCUGUUGAAAGAGAACCUGAAGUGCCACCAGAAGCUGAGACAGCACCUUUAGAUGUUGAAAUGCCUAUCUCAGUUAAAGAAGAAUUUAUACCUCCUGGUACCCCAGAGCCUGUUAUGUGUCCAGUUGAAGUAAAGCAAGAACUAUCUGCAAGUGAAGUGGAAGAACCUGAAAAUAGUGAAGAAUCUACCAAUCCAUCUGAACAACUAGAGCUUGUAGAUAAGAUCAAACAAGAAGCUUCACUACCUUCUUACACUCCUUCCCCUGUUCCCUCUCCACCUUGUUACGCUCCUCCUGCUGAAGAACCAGCCCCUCCUGUCACUGAAGAGCCACCUGUUGAAAUGACAGAUCCUGCAUCAUACACUCCUCCACCUGCAGAAGCACCCCCAGAAGAUUCUCAAGUUCCAAAUCCCAUGCAUUAUCCUGGACCUCCACCAAAAAGCAUUAAAAUGGAACCAGUUGAUAUUGCUGCCUCUCCCCCACCUCCUCCCAUAAUCGAACCUGUUCAUCACCCACAUGCAUAUGGAUCCACUUCAUCUUCAACUACAGCUAUGUUUUCAAACAAUAUAUCAAUCAAUCAGUCAAUGACAAACAGUUCAGUUUCUGGUUCUAUUUCUGCAUCAUCAUCAAUUUCUCUUUCAUAUCAUAGUCAUUCCAAAAUGCCUUAUCCAACUCAUUCAACACUCAUAGCUACCUCACACUCUCAAUCAUCAAUGUCUGCUUUUAAUUACAGACCUUUUUCACCUCAAUAUCCGUAUGCACCAGCAUUGCCACCCUUCCCACACAUGCCGCCACAACCUUUGAAGCAUAAAUAUGGCAAUAAUACACCUUCACAUUCUCCAAACAAUACACAUACUCCUCCACCAACAUCAUCACCUUAUAAUGCUGCUGCUCUCCCACUACAUCAGCAAUAUCAAGAAUCACCUCCCCCUAAUAAAUCUCAUUCUCAUAAUGAGAAUUCUUCAAAUUUUCCACGAAACUCACAGUCUUCAAGUUCAGUGCAAUCACCGCCGGUGUCGUCACAUUCUUCAGUGCCUAAUCAGUCAGCUUCACAUGGAUCUUCUAAAUCUCCAUCUUCAUAUGGAAUGCAAAAUCAAAGUAGUCAGAAUAGUUCAAGUCAGAAAACGGUACCCCAACCUGCUCAUCAGAGUUCAAUGUAUUCUCAAAUAGGAAUGAACCAACAUACACCUAUAAAGGGAAACAGUUUGUCUCAUCAGUUGCCUAGACCACAUCCGUUAUCACAACAACAUCCUCAGUCUGGUUUGCCUACAUCAUCGCAACAUUUGCCUCCGACAACAUAUGUUGCUAACAUGCCGCCACAAGUACCAUUAUCACAAAAUCCCCUACACGUAUCAUCUGAACGUCAGAUAGAAUCAGAAAAAUGCUCUGUUAUACAAGAACCAGUUACAAUUGAAGAAGAGGAGGAGGUGGAAACUCAUUAUCCAUAUAGAGGUCCUAGUCCAGAUCCAAGAGUUGAAGAUGUUGAAUGUCAUAGAAGUCAGUCUGCCAUCUUCUUACGGCACUGGAAUAGAGGAGAAUUCAAUUCUUGUUGUCGAACAGAUUUGACAUUCAAACCUGUACCUGAUUCAAAAUUAGCCCGAAAAAGGGAAGAAAGGGCCAGAAAAGCUGCAGAAAAAGAAAGAGAAGAAACUAAAGCAAGAUUAGGUUCCACUCCAGAUAAUAAACCAGGUUCCAGCUCUCAAGCAGAUGGUCACCAUAUGAGUCCUUUUGAUAGACAUGUGCAAAGGAAUGGGCCUGAUACCCCUGCUUUAAGACAACUUAGUGAGUAUGCAAGACCUCAUGCUGCUGCUUUUCCACCUGGUUAUGCAAGACCCGGUCAACCCAUGGGGGUGCUGCCUCAUGGGAUUGAUCCUCUUUUACACUACCAGUUAACAUCGGGAAUGUACGGUGCAGCUGCCAGAGAAAGUUACAGGUUAGAAAUAGAAAUGGAGCGAGAGAAACGGGAGAGGGAUCUUCAUGACAAGCUCAAAGCUGAGUAUGAAAUGAAGGCACGUAUGCCAGCUGGAACUUAUGACCCUCAUUGGAUUGAACUCCAACGUCGAUAUGCAAUGCAGGGUGGACCAGCAGUUAGCUUAGCACAAGCUCAUGCAGGUAUCAAUCAUGCACCAUUUGGAUUAUACACUCCUGCCGAGCGAGAGAGACUCGGUAUACCACCUAAUGUGCCAGUUUCUGAAGCUGCUGCAAUGGACCGAAUGAAUGCAGAACGAGCUCAUUCUGAACGCCUUAUGUUGGGCACUGACCCUCUGCUACGUUUACAAAUGGCAGGGUUAGCUCCUGAACUGCACACUCAUGCUCACACACAUGCACAUGCUCAUACACACCUACACUUGCAUCCUCAUGAUGCAGUUUCAGCUGCAGCUGCGGCAGCAGCUGCUAUGGGAGUACCAGCUCACCCUGGAAUGGAACCUGGUGUUCAUCCUUCUGGCUCACAUCCACUGUUGCCUCCAACUGGAUUUGCAGCUGGGGGUCCUCGUCCAGGAAUUGUUCCCCGGGCUGAGCUUCUACACCCAGGUACUGCUGGUAUGCUCCGGCCACCAUAUGAUGAGCAGUUUGCACAUCAGAUGCUUGCCCAACAUGAGCACUUACAGCGACAAAUUUUCAUGGAGAGAGAGCGGUAUGCCCACAUGGGUGGACCAAUGGGUCAUCCUUCACCAUUAAUUUCUCAACAUGAAGAAUUUUUAAGACAACAACAACAAAGAGAACGAGAAAUCAAAUUAAGAACUCUAGAAGAAGCUGCCAGAGGAGGAAGACCACCUAUGAAUUAAAUUUUAAUCCUUAUGUACAUAUAAAACGAAAGAAAAUUCCUUUCUCAGACUUAAUGAAAUAUAUGAAUCUAUUUAUAUAUUUCUAUAAAUAUAUAGGAUUAUUAUAACUAGCUAGUCUAGUUGACUUUCAGUAUUUUUUAUCAUACUAAACAUUCUAAAAUUCAUAUUUUAUGGUGGUUCAAAUAAAACAUGAGAAUAUGCUUUUAACAUUAUGCAUUUGUAUUUCAAUUUAAUUUUUUUAAUGAAAUAGCACUUUUUUUUUUUUGUAUAUUAUUGAUAGUUUAAUUAUUUAUGCUUAAAUAUGCCCGUUUGGAAGAUUUGUUUCUAAGAGUUAAUUAUUAUCUAACUUAUACAUUUAUAAAUUUUCACUUAAUUAUUAGAAAAAUAAAACUAUUAAUAUGUUAAAUAUUUAGUUGGUUUCAGUCUUCAGCUGAGUUUCAGCAUUAUUAAUAAACUAUCUUCAAAACUGUUUUAUGCAUUAUUAUUUUAUAUUGUACAUUUUGUUUCUUUUUAGAAUAUUUUGACUUUCUUGCAUAAAUGCAUAGAGCAUAAAUUUGUCUUUUGAAAAGCAGUUUGUCAAAUUUGAUAUUUUUAUAUUAUCUUAAAUAUUUUUAUUUUUAAUCAAAUUUUUUAAACUGUCUAUUUCUCUACUUUUUGUUGUGUAAGUUAAAAGAAAGUGCUAUUUAAAUGUUAAGUUAUUAUACUAUGUAAAAGGGGGGAAAGGCAUUAGUUGGAUGUAAACAUUAAUGCCUGAUAUUAAUUCUUCUGCAAAGGCAAUUUUCUAAUAUAGAGGAGAGUAAUUUUUACUUCUUGAAAUGUUUGCUAAAAACAGAUUUUGUGUCGUUAAAGAAAGUUAUUCGUAUUCAAAAUCAAUAAGUAUCUGUAUUUAGGAGGAAAAUAUUUUUUCUGUCAGUGUUUAAAAUAUAAUUUGAAACUGUUUUCAAUCUUUAGAAAAUAAAUUUUACAUCCUAACCCCCUUCUCUCUUUCUCUCUCUGUUGACUUUUGCUUUAAUCAUUUAAAUUGAACUUCGCAAACCAGUUGGUGAUAAUGCAAUAUAAUUUUUUUCUUUGAUUUAUCAUUACCCUAAUAAAGCCUAUUUCAUGCAUAGUAUAGUUGAAAUUUUUCUACUAACUUAAAAUAUUGAUUUUAAAAGGAAUUUUUAAUAAUUUAUUGCCUGUUUUUAAUAAUAUUUUGAGAUACAUGUGUUUAGGUUUAAAUUCACUAUUAUUAUGAAUCCUUACAACUUACCAGAUUCAAUGAAAAUUUCUUGAGAGCAUUCAUAAUUUUUUUUAAAGAGCAUUUGUGGUUGGUUCUAAAUUGCAUCCAUCACAAGACAUUAUUAAAUCAUUUUCAUUUUGGACUGUAAUGAAGUUUUAUCUUUUCUCAUUAGCUCAAAAAUCCCACAUCCCUUUUCAACAGUAAAAAAUUAUACAUUCUGUCUAUUAAGAUUUUAUUAUUGUGAACUGAAUUCAAUAUAUAUUUUUUUUCUUUUAAAAAUUUAGUAUAUAUUUAUGAUUUAAAAAAAUUGUUAACUUCAUGUUUCAUUUCGCUUCCUGUGUUCAUUUUUUCAUACAUGAAUAGGGUUUCAUGGUUUUUCAGACCCGGUUUUAAAAAACCGGGUUUUUUAAUGUAAAUUUGUCAGAUUUGAAAACCGGAUUUUAAAUUAAGAAAACCGGUUUUCCGGAACGCCUGGAUAUUCCUAUUCUUCUUCUUCCUCAGAAGAAAAAAAAAAAAAAUGAAUUUUAUUGAUUGGGGCCGAUUUAUCUAGCAGCUGAAGGCUUAGGGCGAAGUCAUGCCAAUUUAUUAACAAGUGUAGGUAUAUUUGAAUUUCUGUUAAAUGAAUUUAAAAAUUUAAACGCUGAAAUAAGUUUGAAAUUAUUAUAUGAUUUAGAAGAGCAAAUUCAAGAAAGAAGACAAGUAGAAUUAGCAACUCUUUUGCUGUAUUUGGAAUAUCCACAAAACAUUUUUAGUUCAGAGAAGUCUAAUGUACUUUUUUUAGCUUCAAAAACCGAAAUUAUUAAUUUAUCAGGAAAGAUAUUGUCUAGAAUAUUUACAAAUUCUUAUGUGGAAUGUAAUUCUGAUGAAGUGUAAAUCGAAGAAACUACUCAUCAGAGUAAUGCUUUUUUUAAAAGAAGUCAUGGAAAAAUCAGUUCAUAAAUUUCUUGAAGACCCUGAAGAAAAACUUACAAAUCCAAAGACACUGAAAACUGAAUUUUCAUUAAUUGAGGUAAUAAAUAAUAGAAAAAAAAAUAAAUUUGUUAUUUGAUGCCAUGAAAACUAUAAAAUCAAGUUUAGUAGCUAGUAAAUACUUUCUAUUUCAGGCAACAUUGUGUCCAAAAGAAGAACAAAACUUAGCCACCGUUCAGUGGAUAUUUUAAAUUUUUUAAAAUCCUAUUAUCUUAGCAGAAAUUAAAAUUGGUGAAAAUAAUAUAAAUAUUAUUUCAAAUUUUUGUUUCAGUUUUCGUUAUUUUGUGUAAAUAGUAUGUAUAUGUAAUCCUUAAUUUUAUUUUUUAUAUUUUGACUUUGAUAUUGAUUUCGAUUUUCAAUGUUUUAUAUAAAUUAAAUAAAAUAUUUUUCCUUUUUUGA